AUGCAAUAUGUAAAUGGUAUGGAUAUUGUUAAAAGUGUGUACGAUGAAGUUAAAUAUUUAAUUAAUUAUACCACUAUGCCUUGGACAGAUUUGGGUGAAUAUGAAGAAUGUUCAGUUCAAUCCAUAGAAAAUCCAACUGAAGAAGGUUUAAUUUUUAAAUGUAUUGGUGAAAUUAAUACUUCACCAGAAAUUCCAUUAAAUGUUUUAUACAAUGCAAAUUUACAACAAAUAUGGGAUGAACUUUGUAUUGAGUCAAAAAAGAUUGAACAAUUAGACAGUUGCAAUUCAGUUGAUUAUUAUUCAUUUGGAUCACCACUUGGAGGAGCUCCAAGAGACUUUGUUUUUUUAAGAAAUUUUUCAGUUGAUUUUGAAAAUAAAUCAGCAUGGGUAGUAAUUAGAUCAAUUCAUCAUGAAUCAAUACCUAGUCCAACAUAUAUGAAACCAUCAGGAUGGGAAUUCCUUCAAAUUUCACCAAAUAAAACUAGAAUUACAUUGGUAGUACAAAUUAAUGAUUUAACCAUUGCACCAUACCUCAGAAUUAAUUCUGUAGAUUUGAAAAGGAUCUAUAGAAAUACUGGUAUUCAAAUUACUCAUACUUUACCAAAUCUUAUAAAAUAUAUUAAAAAAAAUUAUAAAAAAGAAAUUGAAAAUAAUUUUAAAAAAUUUAAAACACCAGAUUUAUUUAACCCAAAUCUUAAUAAUAAUAAUAAUAAUAAUAAUAAUAAUAAUAAUAAUAAUAAUAAUAAUAAUAAUAAUAAUAAUAAUAAUAAUAAUAAUAAUAAUAAUAAUAAUCAACAACAAAAUAUUAAAAAUAGUAAUAGUAAUGAAAAUAAUAAUAAUAAUAGUGAUAGUAUUACAAAUUCAAAUUCAAAUGAAAAUUUAAAUGAAAAAGAUGGAAAGAAAAUUUUAUUACCACAAUUAUCAGAAGAAUUUGAAUUUUUAGAUGUAGAUGAAGAGUUAUAUGAUGUUGAUAAAACACCAACUUUUAUGUUUAAAGAAACUAGUAAAACUGUUGGUGAAUUAGAGGUAAAUCCAGUUGAAACCGGUUGGAAUUGUUUUAGAAAGUUUAAUGAUUAUACAUUCUAUUAUAGAGAUUAUGAUGAAAAUUCAUUAGAUUUCGCAUGUAGUGGUAGUUCAUUUAUAGAUGCAUCUGCAGAAGUGAUAUUUUCUUAUAUAUUUUCAGAGUAUUCAUGUAAAAUCGAUCAAUGGACAUGUGGUAUGAAAACAUUGAAAAAGUUAGAUCAGGUAACUUCAUUGGAGAGAAUGAGUUUUCGGUCGGUUUUAGCACCAAAGGAUGUUUUGUCGGCUGUAUUGGUUAAACAGGUUAAUUAUUUUCAAAAGGGUAUAAUAUUCCUUGGGUAUAGGUCAUUGUUGAAACCAUCUACAAUAGUGAAGACGGGAUUUUGGUAUUCUCCAUCAGCUUAUUACAUAAUUCCACAAGAAAGGGGUUGUAUUAUAAGAUAUAUAUUAAAGUUUAGAAUGUAUUUACCACCAUCAACAUAUAAAAUUUAUCCAAAGAAACAAAUUCUAUAUGUUAUAUCAGAAAAAACUAGAGCAACUGUCGAAAUGAUUAAAUAUUAUUCAAUUAAUCCAUUUUAUUUACAUAAAAGAAAACAACAAGAGUUUCCACAUUGGGAAGGUAUUGAUAAAUUCUCAGAAUUGGCCGAAAUUUUUUCAAAUAUUCAAAUUCGUCAUUCUAAACCAUCUUUAAUUAUAAAUUCACCACCAAAUUCAAAUAAUCAUGAGAACGAAAAAAAAAGAAAAUUUAGAGAUAAUGGAAUUAAUUCAACUUCAAUUUCAAUUCCUUCAACUCAGUUUUGUUUUUCAAGUGGUGGUGGUAGUGGUGGUAGUAGUAGUAGUAGUAGUAGCACUUCAUCAUCUUUGACAUUUUCACCACCUCAACAACUCUCUUCACCAACAUCUUCUUCAUCCUCUUCCACUUUUUCAAAUGAUUCAGCUUUAAUAGAUAAUAAUCAACAAUUAGAUAUUAAUAAUAAUAAUGAUCAAGAAUAUCUUAGAUUUUCAGAAAAUUGGGAAUCAUAUAUAACAAGAAAACCAUUUUUAUUAUUAAUAUCAAGUGGAUUACAUUUAAGAAAACCACCAAAAAAGAAAUCACCACGUUAUUUGGAAAGUCAUAAUUUAAAAACUUGUUCUUUAUUUGAUUUGUUACCAUAUGAAAUGAUUCAAUAUAUUUUCACAUUAAUGGAUGCAACUCAUUUAAUUAGAAUGUCAAGAACUUGUAAAUAUUUUAAUAGGAUUUGUUUGGAUGAUAAUAUUUGGAGAGAUCUUUAUAAUAGAGAGUUUACAAAAAAUAGUUCAGAUUCUUUAUUUAAAUGGAGUUCAAUUGAAGAUAUAAAUUUAGGUACUGAAAAGAAACAAUUAUUGGAUUUAACUUUUGAUCAUAGUAAAAAAAAAUCAAAUAAUUCUUCACCAUUAUCAGCAUCUUCAUCUUCUUCUUCACCAUCGCCACCACUACUACCACCACCACCACCACCAAUUCCACAAUUACCAGAUAUGCUACUUGAAAAUAAUAAUAAAUAUAAUAAUAGAGAACAAAUUCAAAAGAAUGAACAUUAUUGGUUGAAUAUGUUUAGAGAAAAAGAAACAAUUAAUAGACAUUGGAGAGCUGGUAAUGGGAAAGUUAGUAAUUUAAGAGGACAUAAAGGAAAGAUUAGUUGUUUACAAAUGGCACCAAAUCAAAUAUUCACAGGUUCAAAGGAUAAAGAAUUUAAAUCUUGGAAUAUUGCAACAAAACAAUGUGAAAGUACAACUAGAUGUGGUGCAAGUUCAGUUAUUUCAUUUGAAAAGGAUAAUUUUACUAAACUUUCAACAGAUAUAUUCCCAUAUUGUUUAUUUAUGCAUGGUAUCAUUAGAUUGGGUUGUUCAAAUGGUGCAAUUCAACAUUACAAUAUCGCUACAAAAGAAAUUGAAAAAGAACAACGUUUUCUCUACGUUUCUAAUGGUUUCAUUUUCAUGAAAAGAGAUAUUUACUCUUAUGAAAGUAAUACCGUCAAGCUAUAUGAUAGCGAAACUGAACAGGAAUUGCAAAUGAUAGAAAUUGAAAACACCAAAAUUAAUCAUUGUAAAAUUGGAAGGUUUGAAAACUUUUGUAUGAUUGCAUGUACUGAUAAAACUGUUAAGCUAUGGGAUAUAGACUCAAAUAAAACUGAAUUGGUUCUCAAUGGUCACAAAGGUUCAGUUAAUUGUCUCGACUUUUUAAAUGAUUAUCAAUUGAUUACAGGUUCAAGCGAUAAGACCAUUAGAAUGUGGGAUAUCAGAAAUCCAAGUUCUGCCAUCCACAAUAUAAAAUCUCAUUCCUCAAAGGUUAAAGCAAUAAGUAUCUAUAAUAAUUUACGUAUGUGUACAGGGGAUGAAGAUUCAAUUUGCUUAUGGAAUUUAGAGGGUAGUAAUGAACCAAACCUUUUAACUACCAUUAAUAAUUUAUCACCCGUAGAAUGUUUAUCAAUAGAUGAUGAAACAAUGUUAGCUGGUUUUUCUGAUGGUGAAGUUUCUUACUAUGACUUUAAUUCAAAAUAG